AUGAAUGCGCGUAGAACGCGUUUAGUUCUGUCACUCGAACUCGUCGCUAAUUUUUGCCUGUUUAUCUUCCAGCUGCCCCUCGCCCUAGCUCCAAAUAUCGGCACCAUUUUGGUAUGUCGGUUCAUCGCCGGCUGUGCCGGAGGCGCGCCCAUGACAAACACCGGUGGGAGCAUCAGUGAUUUGUGGGAGAGAAACGAAAGUGGCGGCCCCAUGGCUGUUUACGGCCUCAGUAGCACCUUUGGGCCACCAAUGGCUCUCGUUGUCACCGGCUACAUUGGACUGAAUGCCGGAUGGCGGUGGAUCUUCUGGGUUUUGAUGGCGAUGACAGGCGGGAUUUGGGUUUUGCUGGUCAUCUCGGUCCCUGAGACUCGCCACACCAUCCUUUUACAGCGGAAAGCUCGACGGGUGUGCAAACAGAUGAAGAAAGAAAACUUGCGCUCGGCAGAAUCGACCAUGGACGCGCAUGCGGACGGCAGAAAAGGUCUGCAUGAGCUAUUUGCGAUCACUCUCACCCGGCCAUUCCGUUUCCUCUUCUCGGAGCCCAUCACGACUUUCUCUGCCAUCUAUAACGGCUUUCUCUAUGGGCUGGUGUAUUUGUUUAAUGAAGCUAUCCCCCUGGUGUUCGGCGCCCCGAAAGGACACCCAUUCAAUGUGGGUCAACAAGGCCUUGCAUUUUUGGGAAUGGCGAUCGGCCCCCUGAUUGCAUUCUACCUCUACCCGCUCCAAGAGCGAUACUAUCUCCGCCGCGUGGCCGCCAACGAGGGCAAGAGCGUCCCCGAGGCACGCAUGUGGAUGGCGCGUGGUGGCGCCAUCUUGAUCCCGAUCAGUUUAUUUUGGUUCGGGUGGACGAGCUAUCGAUCGGUGCAUUGGAUUGUGCCGAUCAUCGCGUCGUCCUUUUUCGGGGCUGGCAUUUAUAUUGUGAUUUUGAGUAUACUCAACUAUGUUGUUGACAGCUACCAGACCUACUCGGCCUCGGCCCUGGCGGGCGUCAUUUUGGUGCGCAAUGUGGUCGGUGCUGGGUUUCCCUUAUUUGCCACGCAGAUGUAUCAGAAGUUGGACUACGAGUAG